AUGGCUUUAACCCUUCACACCUCUCCCUCUAUGGCUCUGCAACCUUGGAAUCAGCCCGUUUCUUUGUCCAUCUCCCCAGACAAAAAUAAUCUGCCCGCGCACGGCCUAGACUUCAUCUUUGUAACUUGUACAGGCAUUCAAUAUCUUGGCUUCUUGAAUCGAAGCAAGGAUGGAAAUCUCAACAACCAUGCUUUUGGUAUUGAAUUUGAUGAAUUCAAUGAUGAUAUCAACAACGACAAUGAUGUAGCCGUUGACAUGAAUUCUGUCACUUCUCUGGGGUUGAGAAUGAAUAAUGGAGCAAAGCAGAGAGUAUGGAAUGAUUAUAUCAAGUCUCGGCUUAGCGUGACAAUGGCUCCUGCAAGCAAGGAAAAGCCCCGAAAACCACUGAUCAAUGUUGCUCCUCAUCUCUCUCAUGUUCUGCUUCAAGAAAUGUACGUUGGCUUCAAGUUUCUCCACAAUAGAAUGCCCCUCCUGCGUGGACUAUCUUAA